ACAAGUGAUGAGACAUAACCUCGGCGCGUGUUCGGCGUACAUGGUACACGUGAGAAGGAGAAUCGGAGAAGUGGACGGAGGAGGUACACCUGUCGUUUUCCCGCGGCACUUAUCUAUUGUACAUACAUACAUAUACACACACCGUAUCGAUGGUGAACAGAAAGAGUGCACGUGUCGUCUCGUGACAUCCCGGACGCCCGUUGGACAGGAGUACCGCCGCGAGUUUCACCCGGGUUCUUAUACGUGAUUAUGCUGUAUAGACGCGCGAUCGAGUGUCGUCGACUAUGUAUAUGUACACGUUGCAUACGCUGUUGAAACUCGUACAUUUCCUAUAUAAUGUGUACCUCGAGAUAUUUUGCGCUUGCAUUACGAUGUAUCAGAAGCUCGCGGCUCUCAGGCGCGAGACACCGGAGUUCGACAAUGACAACAUGCUUCUGUACGUGCACGCGAGAACCAAGAAGUUACCCGGGCACUUGGUGAUCGUCCUAGGACUGUGCGACGAGUCGGUCCUGGACUGUGUGCGUAUAAUUGGAUGGUGCAUUGCACUUAAUAUACCUUACAUCAGCUUCUUUGAUCGUAAUGGUUUCUUAAAGAAAAAUGAAGCAAAUCUUAAAGAAGAAUUUGCAAAAAAACGGCCUGAUCUAAUAGAACGUAUUAUUUGGAAUUCACAUACAAAGCUACCUAGUCAAAAUGGAAUAACUGACAGCAGGUGGAAAAUAAAUGUAUCAUUACUAUCUGAUAUAGAUAAUAAAGGAAAAAUAGCAACAUUAGUUCAAACAUUAGCAAGAGCCGUAUUGUCGGGAAACUUUGAUCCAGAAGACAUUGAGGAUCAAGUUCUUUCUGAGAAGUUUGACAUGAGAGGGAUGCCCAAUCCUGAUCUUGCUUUAAUAUAUGGUUACACUUGUUCCACGCAUGGUCUUCUCCCGUGGCACACAAGAACAACAGAAUUUUGUAUGUUACCGCUGUACGUUAGUAUCUCACUGAAAGAUUUCAUGUAUUUACUAGAGAGAUAUAGUAAAACUGUACAACGGUAUGGAAAAUGAUAUAUAUCUAUAUAUAUAUAUAAAAUUUAUAUAUAUAAAACUGUGUCUUUAUUUAUAUAAAAAAUAUUGCAUUUCGGUAAGAAGAAAUAAAUUAUCGUAAGGACUGAGCUUUUAAUAUAA